CUUUAUUAUUCCGUACAUCUCCAUCGAUCUGCUUAAACAUUCUUACAAGAUGAAUAACGAGGUUAGGGUUAGAAGCAUGGACUUCAGCACGGUGACGGACCCAACUCUGGGCAUACUGAGUAUCCGAAUGAUCACCCAAUCAAACCCGAACGAGUUCACCUUCAACCCGCUCCACGAUUUGCCCUUACUCGGAGACAGGGUUUCCCUCAUACUAUCAUCCUUCUUCGGCGUUGACCGUCGGUGGGGCAACCCCAUCGGCUCUCAGGCGGCUUCCGGCGCUCUCGAGAAACUUGCCGGCCAAGACGGCCGUUUCGGGUUGCUGGUAACGAUGGUGUUAGAAGCCGUCAAUGAAUCGCCCGAAGCCGAACGGAGGCCACCACCGCGGCCAGCCCCCUUUACGGUGUGGCUUCCCGAUUUGAAUAAUAGUUUAGUUCUGGCUCUUCAGGCGGCGUAUGAUUAUGAAGGCGGUGUUGAUAUCGAGCAGUUGGGUUUGACGGAAGAAGUUUAUGACGGGGAAGACGGCGGCGAAACAUGCAGCGUGUGUUUGGAAGGGUUUUGCAAGGGCGCCGUGAUCACUCCGUUGACGCCGUGUUCGCAUAGAUUUCAUAACACAUGCAUCCGUCAAUGGGUCAGGAGAAAGAGAAACCAAACAUGCCCUCUUUGCCGAGGCCCCAUACAUAUGCGGAGUCUAAUUAAUUAGACCAAUUUUGACCUCCCAAUACAGUAUUUGUUAAUAGAUUAUUAGCUUGGGUACGUAUUAUGUAGUCAAUUGGCGUGCUUCCCCAAAACUCCUGUCUUGCCGCCUCCAUUUGAAGUGGUUCAAGCCGGUGUAGUUUUUUGAUGAAAUUUUGUGAGAAUGUUUUUCAUAAAUAGUAGAUUGUGUCUACCAACUUUCAGUUCAAAUUUAUAUUCGGA